AUGUCUGACGAAACUAACUCCAACGUAAUCAUCCCCAAAGUGGGUUUCGUUGGGCUGGGCGCAAUGGGCAAAGGCAUGGCCAAGUGCCUCGCUAUGCACCUCAACUCCCAGGAGCAGCCGCUUUCGGUGUUUAACCGAGAUCACACAAAGCUAGAGGCCUUUACAUCAGAUCCGGCGCUGCUUCGCCUCCAAGUCAAGGCUGACCUGGCCGACAUGGCGCUGACCUGCAACGUCAUCUUCACAAUGCUGUCCCACGACGCGGCGGUCCGUCAAGUUAUGGGUCAGAUCAUCGCCGCGCAAGAGAGCGCAAGCCGCACGAACCCCGCCGCGCUGGAAACCCUCCAGCCGGCGCGCGUGCUUGUGGACUGCAGUACGGUUAGCCCCGAAACCACAAAGAUGAUGAGCGCCGCCGCGGAAGCGGUGGGCGCGCUCUACGUGGCCUGCCCGGUUCUCGGACGGCCGGAUGCCGCCGCCGCUGCGAACCUCCUCAUCUUCUGCUCGGGCCCGGACGAGGCCAAGAAGCUCGUCAUGCCGUACCUAAGUGCUAUGGGUCGCAAGGUUCUCGAUCUGGGUCGGGAGGCCCACAAGGCCCACAUGAUGAAACUGCUGGCAAACUUCCAUUUGGUUUCGCUGAUUGAGUUGCUAUCCGAGGGGAUGACGCUGGCUGAGAAGAACGGCAUUGAGCGUGACAAGUACGUGGCCUUCAUUAACGAGAUAUUGCCGGUGCCCAUCGUCAGCGGGUACUGCUCCAGGAUCGCUGCCAAUGCUUUCGACGCAGGACUGGGUUUCACGGUAACGUUGGGACUGAAGGACGUCAAUUUGAUGCGCAAGCUGGCGGAGGACAGUGAGAUGCCGCUACCGCUGGCUGACGUGGCAUUCAACCACCUGCUGGCCGCCAAGGCCGCCGGGCUCGCUGACAAGGACUGGGCGGCGUUGGCGGUGGCGGGGUCACUCCCACCUCAAUACCACCUCGUGCAGCUGCACCUUGUCGCCAACAUCACCAUCGCCAUCUCACCAUUAAAGACAGCACCCGUGUAGCGGCAGCGGCGACAGCAUUAGUCGUAGCACAUCAUCGAGCACAACCAUCCACUUUUAUGGCGGACAAGGAAUAUAACGAUGAGGCACUACUACUACUACUACCCGGUAGCAUUGCAUCAUCGCAUCAGCAUCUACCCCUACAAUCAAAAC